AUGAGGCCCCUAUUUAUAGGGAUUCGGGCCUGGAAAAGGUGGACGACCGUCUGUACAAAGCGCACGGCCGUCCAGGGCAAAAAGUGGCCAUGGACGGCCGUCCAAGCUAAGUGGACGGCCAUCCAUGGCCUUAAAGUUGCCAUGGACGGCCGUCUGCUUGUCAUGGACGGCCCUCUACCUGCUUUGGACGGCCAUCCGCCUGUUCUGGACGGCCAUCUACUGUCUCUGGCGGAUUUCCCGAUUUUUAAUGCCUCUAAAAACCCUUCCUAUCCUAAAUGGAACCUAGAACAAUCUACUAGGGACUUGAUAAAGUCUUAA